AUGACCGCAAUUCGAAACGAUAUAGAGAUCAAUGAUGAAAAUGACGUGAAUACAAAGAUAUUCAGAUCAGUAGCGGACGUAUUCCAGAAGGCUCAGUCUACGUAUGCAGGCCAUAGAAAGCAUAUAGCCGUGUUAAAGAAGAUUCAAUUGAAAGCUAUUGAUCAAGGGUACGAAGAUGCUUUUAAUUAUUGGUUUAAUAAGUGUGUGACGAAGAUCUUGCCUUUGAAGAAGAAUGAAACUGUAGGUGAUAGAAUUGUUAAGCUUAUUGCUGCGUUCGUCGCUUCAUUAGAUAGAGAAAAUGAUCUCAUUAAUCAGACACGGGGAAAUGAAGAUACAGAUGAAAAUGAAGAACCAACAAUGUUUGCUAGAUUUAUUGACCAAUUUGUAAGACAUAUUCUAAGAGGUAUAGAGAGUAAAGAUAAAAAUGUACGAUUUAGAGUCAUACAGAUCCUAGUUGUUAUUAUGGAUAAUAUUGGAGAAAUUGAUGAAGAAUUAUACAAUUUACUAAUAUGGUCUUUGAAGAAAAGAAUAUACGAUAAAGAGGCACUGGUCAGAAUUCAAACUAUCUUUUGUCUAACUAAAUUCCAAGAUGAUUCCCCAUCUAGUCCAGACGGAACAUUAUCAGAAGAUGAUAUGAGUGAAGCUACCCUGAUAUUGAUGAAGGCAAUCCAAAACGACUCAUCGCCAGAAGUAAGACGUGCCUGUAUGCUGAACUUAGUGAAUAAUUCCGUAACAAGACCUUAUAUUUUGGAAAGAGCAAGAGAUGUAAAUGCAAUCAAUAGACGAUUAAUCUAUUCAAGAGUAUUGAAAGGCAUGGGUAAAAAUGUAUUUGAAGAUAUUAAUACAAGCAUCAUUGACAAGUUGAUUGAGUGGGGAUUGGAUGACAGAGAAACUCACGUAAGUAAAGAAUGUGGUAAACUAAUAUCGCAUCAUUGGCUUAACUCACUAGACGGUGAUUUAAUUCAACUACUAGAAAAUUUGAAUGUGACUACAUCCUCCGUUACAGCAAAAGCAAUGAAUUCUCUUUUUCAAACGAGACCUGACAUAAUAACGAAAAUCAAGUUCCCUCAAGAUAUAUGGCAAGAUUUUACAGUCGAAACUGCUUUCCUCUUUAGAUGCUUCUAUAUUUAUUGUCUAGAUAAUAAUUUGAACGAAAUACUUGAAGAGAAUUUCCCAGAAGCUUCGAAACUUGCCGAUCAUUUAAAUUUCUAUAUUACUAAACGAUUUCGAGAUAAACCGGACCAAAAUAUUACUGCUGAACAAGAAACAGAAACCCUAGAUUUCGUCAUUGAACAAUUAUUGAUAACUUCAAACAAGUACGAUUUUAGCGAUGAAGUUGGUCGUAGAGCGACGCUUAACGUAAUCAGAAAUAUGCUACACUUAACAGGUUUACCCGAUGAAUUAAUCAAAAUUGGACUAGAAGUUUUGAAAAGUCUUUCCAUUAAUGAACGUGACUUUAUCACCAUGGGUAUUGAAAUUAUCAAUGAUAUUAGAGAUGAUGAUAUCGAACUACAAGAACAAAGGGAACAACAAAGUAAGAAUAAGGACGCAUUGGAGGGUAAUGAUGACGAUGAUGAUGGAUCACUUGAAUCUUUCCAUUCUGCCGUAGAGAAUUUGGUAAACGGCGAUGGCACCCCAUCCGAACAACUUAUCAACAAUUUACUUCCAGAAAGAGAAGCUACGCCAAAAACUAUGGUCGUCUGUUUAACAAGAUCUGCAGCUAUGUUAGAGCUUGUACAUACUCCUAUUGACCAAAAUGUCUUAAUAACAUCAUUGAUCGAUACAUUAAUAACUCCGGCAGUAAGGAACAAUGAAACAACAAUACGAGAACUUGGUAUCCGUAACUUGGGGCUAUGUUGCUUACUGAAUAAAGAUUUGGCAAUUGAAAAUCUUUAUAUCCUUGGGAUGUGUAUUUCAAAGGGUAAUUCAACAUUGAAAACCUUGGCACUUCAAAUAAUUGUUGAUUUAUUUUGUGUUCAUGGUACAGCAAUUGUAGACGGUGAAGGGAAAGUGGACUCCGUAUCAUUACACAAGAUAUUCUAUAAAGUCCUGAAAAAUAAUGAAGCGCCUGAAUGCCAAGUUGUUGCUGCUGAAGGAUUGUGCAAAUUAUAUCUUGCAGAUAUUUUCACAGAUGAUGAUCUAUUUGAAGCUUUAGUCUUGGCAUAUUUUUCUCCUGAGAAUUCACACAAUGAAAGAUUAGUUCAAGUGUUUGCAUUCUGUAUUCCAGUUUAUUGUUUUUCGCAUGUAAGUCAUCAGGAAAGAAUGUCAAAGGCAGCUGCUGAUAUUUUAUGGAGAUUAUGUAUGAAAUGGGAUCAUAUUGAAAAUACAAAUCAUGAUAAUGAAGGACAAUCGACUGCCAUGAUGAAACCAAAUGUUAUUUUGCAACAAUUGGUAUAUUGGACCGAUCCCCGAAAGGUGGUUGGUAAGCAACAAGAUGAAAUUUCCAAGAUUAACUAUCAAUUAGGAUUUCUACUAGAUAUUUUAAAAUCAUUAGCUACAAUCGAGAAAAAAGUAAUUAAGAAAAUGCUGAUCAUAAAUUUGAAUAUUUUUUUUAUUACUUCAAAUCAAAACUAUGCCACUUUAAAAAACCUGCUUGAACUUCUCGAAGAUAUUAUAGAAAAUGAUCCAAUGGAUACGACAUGCAGAAAUUCUUUAGACAAACUACAUCGACAUUUAAGUGACGUUAUUCAAGAAGCAAUGGAAAGAAAUUUGUCAAUCGAAAAGUCGGAGGAUGUUGACACUGAAGACAACACCACCUAUUCGAAAAUUUUGGAAACUACGGAAACUGUUUCUAAUGAUAAAACCGCAGAUUAUUCCACCAUUGUCAAUAAUACUGACGAGAACAAGGGAUCACUGGAAGCGAAUACAGAGGAGAGCAUAACACGGACGAGCGAACAGGCUAAUUCUAGAAAAAGAACAAGGUCAGAAAUCGAAGACUCGUCCGUCGUAGAAAAAAACACAAAUGAUUCUCAAUCUCAAAUUUCUGAGGCAGGUGAAGUACAUGCAAAGACAGUGAGUUUUGCAGCAGAUGUUUCGAUGUUAAGUAAUGACGAAAUAUCGAUUAUCAAUGAAGAAGAUGAUAGAGAUAAUUCUGAUGAUUCUUAUUCUAUAUCAUCCUAA